AUGUCGGUCAAGAUGACGUACCGCGUCGACAGCUGCUGCCGCAAGCCCGACCGCGCCUCGGCCACGCCCCUGAGCGCCGCGACCUGGGUGCUCGUCGCGCUCGACCACAACGGGCGCUCGUACCUCCCGUCCCUCAAGAUCGGCACGCGCACGCGGCUGCUCCCCGCGUCGCCACCGCCGACGGACCGGCGCGCGGAGCUGGCGGCCGUCAUCCUGGCCAUGGAGAGCGCGCUGCGCAUCUUCUGGAAGUUCGCCGAGCGCCUCCCGGCCGUGCGGUACCCGGACGUCACGAUCUGCUCCGACUCGGCCUACGCCGUCGUGUCGGUGCUCGAGGCCUCGGCCUUCGACCCGCGCGGCGCCGCCAUGGCCGACCGGCCCAACCGCGACCUGCUCGCCGACGCGCGCCAGCUGUACGAGCGCCUGUCGGGCCUGGGCAUGGUGCGCGUCCGCCACGUGUCGAGCGCCGAGAACUGGGUCGCCGACGCCGAGUGCAACAGGCAGCUCGACCGGCUGCAGGCCCAGCGCGACCGCCCCGUCGCGUCGUCCCGGAAGCGCCUGCUGAUCCCCGCGGGCGCCGGCGUCGGCACCGCCAGGAACAGGACCGCAAAGGUCCUGACGCUCGACUCGCCCUCGGUCCUGCAGGUGUGGGACCGCCAGCGCGACGUGGACGUGGCGCCCCUGUCGCUGCCCUUUGUGGCGCCCCUGCGGUUGAGCGCGAGGGCGUUCUGA